GCAUGCCCCCCGCCCGGCUCCCCGCCCGCGCGCACCCGCGACAGGUGCUGCGGGCGCCGCCGCUCGCCUGCAAAUGCGAGCUACCUGGACAGGUCACAGGUCCUGAGAGAUUGUGGGAAGACGGCACUGCAGAGUGGAUCAGUGUCAAGGUGAAAAGACACUUCCAGGCCUUGAGACUCCAGCCCCUGGCCCGGCCCCUGUGUCUCCUUGGGAAGACAGAAGGAAUUGUGCUGUCAAAGAGGCAUCACAAUAUCCCUGCCUACGCAACGGCCAGCCCUCCACCCCACAUCCCCAGUAUUUCCCAAGAGUUCCUGGGAGACUCUGGAGCCCCCAACCACCAGAAAUUCAUUUCACCAACAAGAAAGGCCCCAGUCAACGAUGUACCAGGACUCAAAGAAACCCUCCUUACCCAGCCAGGAGCCGAAGACACCAUCGGGCAAAAAGAAGCCUACCUGUGGCUACCUGUACCGAAGGGACACCGACCACACCCGCAAGCCCUUUGACGUGCCUCCUGCCAAACUGGCCUUGUGGCGCUCCUAGGCCCCCACCAGGCAGCAGCCCCCGCCUGCACCUUUCCCUCCGCAAUCCUGGGUCCCAGGCAGGGGGGAUGGGCUGCCUGUUCCAGGAGGAAUGGACUGAGUCUGGGCUAGGAAAGCGGCGCCAUGCCGAGUGUCAAGGAUGACAAAGGGAGGUCCCUGUUCUUGCAGCAAUUAAAGUUGGUCCUUCCUUUCCCCAGCAUCUGAAUGAGUGGCUGCGGGUGGGUAAACCGAGGCCAUAAGGUUGUUGUACAACAGGUCAAGUCCAGAGGUGCCUGAACACUUGGAAGGACUUGAUUCGCAUCCCCCUCUCCUCAAGAGUGGCUUCCACACCCCUCCAGAGCCUGAGUCCAGGUCAAAGCUGAGGCUGGCCACACCCUCCCCGUAGUCGAAGCUUGGCAACCCCCUCCAGAGUCAACAAAGAGAAAAGUCAGCUGACUGCGAGCCACUGGAAAAUGGGGAAGCCAUGCAGGGCAAAACCCAGUCUCUGGGGAGGCCUCCUCUGCAGCCCGAGUCUUAGACCAAACCAGCCCUUCUGCAGUUCGUUGCUGGGCGGAUGGAUUUCCCAUUUGUUUGUUUCCCCUCUGGUCCCGAAGAGCUGACCCUGAGGUUAGUCGGGCUCACAGGCCAUGUUUCCUGAGGAAGAGCGAUGAAGGCAGAGGGCGCUUGACCCCGUGCAGUCCUGAGGGCAUCCCUGGCCGCUCUGGGACCCAGCGGUAUUCUGGAAUCAGCUCAGAUGGGCCUGAGGGGGCGGACUGCGGGCCUCUCCUCCCGAGUCCACAGCUGGUGACUCCGUGUUGGUGACUGCUGAGACCAGCAAACACCUGCACAUUGGGGUUUUUCCUUUCCAGAGAGCCAGUUGUAAAGUGUCGGCCAGCACGUCACUGGGUGAGCCCAGCAGACUUCAUCCUCUAUAGAGGUCACCGCUCAUUCUGG